AAUCAUCCCUACUGCGGUGUUAAUUCUUGCAUAAAAUCUUUCACUGAUUUGAAAACAAAUCUUAUUUUAAGCGUGUCCCUUGCGUUGAUAACAUUGCAUAAAGGACAACCUGUGGAAGAAAAGUUUCGGCAAAAGCUUUUAUUAGAAAGCAAACAAGUGCAAUUCCUCUGUUAGUUUUAAAGAAAAAAUUUUAGCAUCUGAUUAUUUAAUCCACUGCAAUAUCCUUAAGCAAUAUCACAUAAUGGCAUCACAAUUGAUCAAUACAAUUACUCGUCGAAGUUCUUUGUUAUACUCGGGAUUUUAUAGGAGUGCACGUGCCUUUUGCACACCAACAGAAACUCCACAACCAAGAACUUCAGACACAAAGUCGCAAUCAAAGGCAACACAUAAAGUAGAUGCACUGGAACGUAAGAUGCUUGUGUGGACUGGAAAGUACAAGAAUGCUGAUGAAGUCCCAGGUCACGUAAGCCAAGAUGUGAUGGAAAGAACAAGAAACAAAAUACGUAUUCGUGUAGCAAAUAUUAUGAUGGUUUUAACAGCAUUAGCAUGUGUUGCAAUGGUAUGGAGUGGUAAAAAUGCUGCCAGCAGAGGAGAAAGUGUUCAAAAGAUGAAUCUUGACUGGCACAAGGAGUACAAUGAGAAAAGCUUGGCUGAAGCGAAAGCUAAAUCCAACAAUUAAUCUCAUAUUGCUAAAGGAUUUCAUUGUUUCAUCGUUGUAUCGUAUACGUAGUAAUCCAAAUUAAAUUUUUACAAAUUAUUUUAGUGUGUCAUAUUGAAGUGAUUGUCCAAAGUUUAUAGUGGGACUAGAGGUCCCUUUGUUUUUCUGAAAAUUUUUAAAAUCACGUAGAAAUAAAGAAGGAAAAUAAAUUAUCCAAGAUA